AUGUCCGCCUCCGGCAAGGCCAAGCACCACCACACCGAUUCCGCAAAAUACACGCCUGUAUACCAGGACGAGCACGAGCACGAGCACGAUGACGUCCAAGACCAGACCCCGCAAGAUGCCAGGCCACGAACGAAGCAAUACCCAACCGGCCCUCUGGUCGCGCCGCCGCCGCCGCCUGGGGGCCGGUACCGCAUGAUCGCCAUGGCCAGCUGCAUCGUCAUCCUCGUCGCCGCCAACCUGUACCUGUCCCUGCCCUACGCCUUCGCCGGCGGCCACUCCGGCUACCGCAACGACGACUGCCCCGUGCCGCCCUCGGACCUGCCGCAGUACUUUCGCACCUCGCCCAACCCGUGGCCCGGGCCGACCGCCACCGGCGCGCCGGCCUUUCUCGCGCAGACGCGCGUCCUUCCCGACUCGGCCACGUUUGUGCCCAACGAGCCGCUGCAGACCUCUAUGCCCAUCCGGGGCGCCAAGGACGACGACGAGAGCGUGUUUCGGCUGAUGGCGUUCUUGUCGCCGUACUUUCCCUCGCCGGGCUUCGGCGUGGACGAGUACCCGCUGCCGGACGGCGCGGAGAUUGUGCAGGUGCACAUGCUCUCGCGGCACGGCUCGCGCUACCCGACCGCCGGCUCGGACGUGGUGCGCUUCGGCAACAAGGUGGCCGGCGAGAAGGGCAAGGCGACGUUUCAAAAGGAGCUGGCGUUUUUGCGGGAUUGGAAGUAUGAGCUGGGCAACGACGUGCUGGUGCCCAAGGGCCGGCAGGAGCUGUUCGACUCGGGCGUGCUGCACGGGUACAUGUACGGCAAGCUGUACGACCCGGAGGCGGGGAAGAUUAUUGUGCGGACGACGACGCAGGACAGGAUGCUCAAGUCGGCGGAGAACUGGCUGGCGGGGUUCUUCGGACUGGAUUGGCGGAACAACGCGACGAUUGAGGUGCUGAUCGAGGGUGACGGCUUCAACAACUCGCUGGCGGGGUACCUGAACUGCCCGAACGCGGAGACCAAGACGCCGGGCUACGAGGCGCCGGAGACCUGGAUCGGCAUCUACCUCAAGGAUGCUGUGUCGCGCUUCAACGCCAUGUCGGACGAUUUUGAGUGGACUCCCAAGGACGUGUACGCGGCGCAGACCAUGUGCCCGUACGAGACGGUGGCCUACGGCUUCAGCAAGUUCUGCGACCUGUUCACGUACGAAGAGUGGCAGGGCUUCGGCUACUCGGUCGACCUGUCCUUUUCCUCCACCAACGGCUUCCACAGCCCUACCGGCCGCGCGAUUGGCAUCGGCUACCAGCAGGAGCUCAUGGCCCGCCUCAAGAACACCACGCUCGGCUACUCGCACUCGCAGAUCAACGUCACGCUCGACUCGGACCCCGCCACCUUCCCGCUCGACCAGAGCCUGUACUUUGACUUUUCCCACGACACCAACAUAGUCUCCGUGCUCACCGCGCUCGGCCUGCGCCAGUUCGCCGACGACCUGCCCGCCACGCACCUCCCGAAUCCCCGCAACUUCACCGUCUCCCACAUCACCCCGUUCGGCGCCCGUCUGGACAUUGAGGUCAUAAAGUCACCGCGGGCCGUGGCCCCCCAGCGCGACGACGACGGCGGCGGCGGCGGUGGCGGCGGGGAGGAGGGGGAGGAGGGGGAGGAAACGAGGUAUGUGCACUUUGUGCUGAACCAGCGGACGGUGCCGCUGGGGCGGAGCUUCCCGGAGUGCGACGCGGGGCGCAAGGAUGGCUGGUGCGAGCUGGAGACGUUCAUCAGGGUGCAGGAGGAGAUGGCGGACAGGGCGAGGUAUGACUUUGCGUGCUUUGGGGACUACGAGGCGGAGCCGUACGGCAAGGUGACGGACGGCGCGCCGAACCAGCGGUCAUGA